UGUUUCAAAAAUAUAUUUACUGUUGUAGCUUGGGAUGAAUUGGCAACACUGUUUUGGUUACAUUGUGAUGUCGUCGUCGAGUAUCGAGUGUCGUCGUCUUUUGUAGAAUUUUAUCAAGAUAUCCCCGGACUAAGUUGGUGAACGUGAUAAACUUCUAAAUAGCUUAUGUGUCGAAAAGUGACUUAUCGUAAAAUUUGUUUAGUGUCGGACUUGGACAAAGAAUUGUGAUUCUAAGUUUCUAAUUUUAGUCGAGUCCCUAGUGGGAUUAUUUGGCAAAAUGAUGACCGAAAAUAGAAUUAGUUCAAGUAAUCACGUCGGAAACAGUAUGACCAGUCAGAAUAAGGGUGAUGUCGAUAAAAGUAUCGAUGACAUCGGUUGGAAAUCAAAAUUAAAAAUACCCCCGAAAGACAGGAGAAUAAAGACUAGUGAUGUAACAGACACAAGAGGUAAUGAGUUUGAAGAGUUUUGCCUGAAACGUGAGCUGCUGAUGGGCAUUUUUGAGAAAGGAUGGGAAAAACCUUCCCCCAUUCAAGAGGCUUCUAUUCCUAUCGCACUCAGUGGUAAAGAUGUCCUUGCAAGAGCUAAAAAUGGAACUGGCAAAACUGGCGCUUAUUGUAUUCCAGUUUUAGAACAGGUGGAUCCCAAAAAAGAUGCUAUUCAAGCUUUAAUUGUGGUACCAACUAGGGAGUUAGCGCUCCAGACAUCACAAAUUUGCAUUGAACUGGCAAAACACACAGAUAUUCGUGUAAUGGUUACUACAGGAGGUACUAAUCUCCGGGAUGACAUUAUGCGUAUAUAUCAAAAUGUUCAAGUUAUUAUAGCUACGCCGGGUCGUAUGAUUGAUCUCAUGGAUAAGCAAGUUGCCAAGAUGGACCAGUGCAGGAUGCUGGUUCUUGAUGAGGCAGACAAACUUCUUUCUCAAGACUUCAAAGGAAUGCUUGAUAUGGUUAUUUCACGAUUACCCAAAGAACGCCAGAUCUUGCUGUUCUCUGCUACCUUCCCACUGAGUGUGAAACAGUUCAUGGAAAAACAUUUAAGAGAGCCGUAUGAGAUUAAUCUCAUGGAGGAAUUAACACUGAAAGGAGUUACGCAGUACUAUGCAUUUGUACAAGAGAGGCAGAAAGUGCAUUGUUUAAAUACACUUUUUUCAAAGUUGCAAAUAAACCAGUCUAUAAUAUUCUGUAAUUCCACUCAGCGUGUGGAGUUGCUCGCGAAGAAGAUAACAGAGCUUGGUUAUUGCUGUUACUACAUUCAUGCGCGCAUGGCGCAGGCGCACCGCAAUCGUGUGUUCCACGACUUCCGCGCGGGCCUCUGCCGCAACCUCGUGUGUUCUGACCUCUUCACUAGAGGUAUCGACGUGCAAGCCGUCAACGUCGUCAUCAAUUUUGAUUUCCCGCGUAUGGCCGAGACCUACCUACAUCGUAUCGGCCGCUCGGGACGCUUCGGCCACUUGGGUAUUGCCAUCAAUCUAAUCACGUAUGAAGACCGUUUCGCCCUGCACCGCAUCGAGCAGGAGCUGGGCACGGAGAUCAAGCCGAUCCCGAAGGUGAUCGACCCCGCGCUGUACGUGGCGCGUCCGGACGACGACGACUCGGCCGACAAGUAACGCCGUGCCGCCGCCGCACCGCCCGCGCGCUAGCGCCCCGCUACUAACUGGACUUGCUGACUGGUGAAAGGAACUACAUAGUUUAAAUCUUUAAAAACAAAAAACUUAUUUGUAAAAAAGUGUAAUGAAUUUAUUGUAACAAAAUGUGAGUGUAAAUAGUUUAUCGUGAGUAAGACUUUGACCUGAAUGGGUUACUUUUUUAAAGUGUAAAUAAACCACACAUCAGGACAUAAACAAAAAGGUAUCUUGUGUACUUUGUCCAUAUUGGAUAUUGUGUGCGAAUUCCUACAAUGUUAAAAUAUAAAAAAUAUUUAUUUGAGCAUCUGUGAGAGUCUACCUAGAUUUGUCCAUCAUCUUACAUAAAUUGUGGUUGACUUUCUGCUGAUAUCACAAAUACCUGCCCACACCAUAUAUAAGUUUGAGCUAGCACCAGAUUAAUUUUCAAUAAAAAAAACUUCAAAUUCUGUGAGGUUGGGUAGGUAUUAAGUCUAGCUCAAACAACAUCUAUUGUAAAAUGAAGAAACAUUUCAGUGUAAAUCAUGUUGUUUCUGACCGCUUGAAACAAUGUUGGUCAUCAAGCCGUAGUUGUAAAAAGGAUGGUCAUUAUGAUACAUAUCUUUUCAGACAAAUUUAACUGAUCAUGAAAAUCUGAGUAAAAUCAAAAUGAAUAUAAAAAUUUCAGUUUAAUUUUGGUCUAUGUGAAGUAUCAUUUUGACUAACCCUUGCAGAAUUGUGUUGUCAUAUUAUAUGAUUCAUUUUCAAUUGUAGCGGUUUGUCACAGAGUUCAGUAAUUUGCAAUAUAAAAUAAGGCUGGAGGCAUUCACUAAAAAGACAACUUAUAAUAGUCUUUUAUUCUUAUCCACAAAACAUAUUCUUUAUUGGCAAUAAUAAAUAUGUGAUAAAGUAAUCCUGCUCAUAAGUCCUCCAAGCUUUAUCUGGUUAAGAAAAUGUCUUGUUGCAUAAAAACCUAACAUUUGCCAGGAGCUGUGACAUAAGUUGAGGAAUGAACCAUUCUGUUACGGCUUGCAGAUAUGGAACAUUGCUCAUACUUGGGGAAAUAAAUUUUGAGAGCUUCGUUUUGAUAAACGAAACCACCAUCUGCUCUCUGGGGAUAAAAAAGAUUCGGGAUGUCAAGUGAAGAGUUAAUUUGGUUAGCCAACUUACAGGAAGUAUAGAGUACAAUCAAAGUUUGUCGAAUAUUUUAUAUUUGGUCUACUAAAUAUAUCUUUGUUUUGUUACUCGGUACAAUCUCAAGUUUCCCUUAUGUACAUAUGUCCUACUGUCAAUUUACAAUUUAUUUCACAAGUAUUUUUUAACAUUUUAAAUUGUCAAACAAAUUAGCUGUUUGUAAGAAGAUUAAUUACAAACUUAAAUUUGGACUGAAAUUUCGGUGUUUCAGAUUUUUUAUAUAUACACUAAGCGUCAAGUAUUAUUUAUUUUAUUAGCCUGUUAGAUUUGACCUAUAAGAAAAGCAUUGGUGCAAAUGCAGGUUGUAACUUAAGGAUAGACCAAGUUGACAAUUGUUUUUGAAGAUUGCUUUGCUGAUUGACGAUUGUAUUUAGUAUAAGGGUUGUUUUGGAACAUGAAAGUUUGGAUUUCAAUUAAUAUUUGGUGGAAAUUGCAUUCAAAUGUUGCGAGUCAGGGAAAAUGAUUUUGACAAAAUAUAUCUGUGAUAAAGGUUGAUGAUGGUUCCAUGGUACACCCAGCAACACAGUGACUAUAUAAUGUUUAUAGCUAUUAAAAUAUACAGAAUAAUUGGAUGUAAUGAGAAAAUAUAAUCAUCUGUGUUGCUGAUCAUGAGUAACAGGAUUAAGAUAGAUUGUGCGUGUACCUUCUAACUAUACAUUUAAUUAUUUAGUCUUCCGAUAAUCUCGAAGUAUGUGUAAAUGUAACCGACCAUUUAAUGUUACGAAAUGGCGCAGGUUAAUAAAAUAAAAUGGCAAUAUUCCGAAUAAUACAUUAACAAAACAUGUAACGACGUUGAUUCUGGGUUGCUGUAUCGUCUGAUAAGGAUAACAGACUCAAUACUCGGGAAUAGCGUAUUUUAAUUAAAAUUUGAAAUAAAAAACAAAUGAAAACAACGCUCUUAAGUGAUAGUCAAGCUUAUGCGCAGUAUUUGAUCUCUUAUUUUCAGUUUAUUAUGCGCAUAGCGAUAUGACAGACCAAGUAACCUCGUGUUGCUUUUACGCGUUUACGAAUUAUACUAUUGAUAAUAUGUACCUUUAAUCAACGUUGCAGCUAAUCCGACAGUAAGGGAAGUAAUAAUUAUGAUCUUAGCUACACCAGAUUUUGAAACCCGAAAUAGAAAGCAUAUCAGAUAAGAUUUUAUAUAGAUGUUAUAGUUUCAAUAAAUCAUGCUCUUAUACAAAAUAUGUGUCGAAAUGUAUACAUUCUAGAGUGAACUAUAUUGGCAGUGGCAUAUUCUGUAAUUUAAUAAUUGUUUAUCUUGUUUUUAUCUAUUUCAGAAAUAUAUUGUUGUUAAAAAACAGGCCAAAAAUAAACUCUUCACGCCA